AUGAAGGAUACUGGGGAGUCAAAGGACCACCAACUAACGGUGGCCUUACGCAUCAGACCCCUGAGUGAAGCAGAACAAGAGGAGGCAGCAACCAUAGUGGCUCAUAGAGUGGAUGACCAGAUGGUGGUCCUGAUGGAUCCGAUGGAGGAUCCUGAUGAUGUCCUGAGAGCCAACCGCUCCAGGGAGAAGACCUAUAUGUUUGAUGUAGCAUUUGAUUACUCUGCCACCCAGGAGGAGGUGUACAGAGCCACUACGAAGGGUUUGAUAGAAGGACUCAUCUCAGGUUAUAACGCCACUGUUUUUGCCUAUGGUCCCACAGGUUGUGGGAAGACAUAUACCAUGCUGGGAACGGAUACAGAACCUGGUAUCUACGUACGAACGCUGAACGACUUGUUCAGAGCCAUCGAGGAAACAAGUGAUGACAUGCAAUACAGUGUGUCCAUGUCCUAUCUGGAGAUCUAUAAUGAGAUGAUCAGAGACCUGUUGAACCCGUCGUCAGGGUACCUGGACCUGCGGGAAGACUCGAAGGGCGAGAUUCAGGUGGCCGGAAUCACGGAGGUGUCCACAGUCAACGCCCGUGAGAUCAUGGAGCUGUUGAUGAAGGGGAAUAAGCAGCGAACUCAGGAGCCCACAGCGGCCAAUCAGACGUCGUCUCGCUCGCACGCCGUGCUGCAGGUUGCCGUCAGGCAACAGAGCCGAUGUCGGGACGUCCUGCAGGAAGUUCGUUUCGCCCGUCUCUUCAUGAUUGACUUAGCCGGCUCUGAACGUGCCUCACAGACACAGAAUAGAGGUCAGAGGUUAAAAGAAGGAGCACAUAUAAACCGCUCUCUGCUGGCUUUGGGAAACUGUAUCAAUGCCCUGAGUGAGAAAACCGGCAACAAAUACAUAAACUACAGAGACAGCAAACUCACACGUCUGCUCAAGGAUUCUUUGGGAGGGAACAGCAGAACAGUCAUGAUAGCUCACAUAAGCCCCGCCUCCCUGGCCUUCGAGGAGUCACGGAACACACUAACAUACGCUGACCGUGCCAAAAGCAUCCGCACACGGGUGAAGAGGAAUCUGCUGAAUGUGUCUUACCACAUUGCCCAGUAUACCAGUAUCAUAUCAGACCUGCGCAGUGAGAUCCAGCGUCUGAAGAAGAAGAUUGCAGACCAGGCCAGUCGACAGAUCAGCUCUGACCGCACAGACAUCCGCCAUGUCCAGGCGGAGGUGCAGGCCCUCUCCACUCAGCAGAGCCGUGCAGAGAUGGAGCAGCUGAGGGAACAGCUGAUGGAGGCGUUUCGCCAGCAGAUGGAGAUCAGGAGGAGCCUGAUGGAACUUGACAACAACAACAUGGAGAUCCAAAUCGACACCUCUAAACACCUGCUCACCAUCGCUGACUGGGAGCAGGAGCGUAGCCGACGGAGGAGAAAGUGGCAGGUGGAGAGAAGGAAGGAGAGCUUUAAUAAGGAGGAGAGUGAGAAGGACUCUGACUCCCCUGAGUCCCUCUCCGACAGCACCGAGACCCAGGAGGUGGCCCUGGCCCGAGAAAACCUGGUCACACUAAUGGCAGAGCAGAAGAAAAUCCGCAAGCAGAAGGCUGUGUUGGAGAGGCAGCUGGCAGACCUGAGGGAGCGAGCGCGUGGUCUGGAGGAACUCCUGCCUCGCAGGGUGAGCUCUGAGGAGCAGAGGGAGGUCCUGAGCCUCCUCUGUAAAGUUCAUGAGUUGGAGAUCGAAAACACGGAAAUGCAGUCGCACGCCCUGCUCAAGGACAACGUGAUCCGUCAGAAGAACGCGGUGGUGCAGCGCUUUGAGAGGCACAGACAGCUGUGCCAUGAGAUUAUCCAGCUCCAGAGACAGUUCAUUGAUGACCACAAUCUCCUGGUUCCGCCGCACCUCAAGGAGCUGUAUGACAUCUAUAUGAGAGAGAUGGAUGACAGGAGCCUGGACAGAGUCAUGGCCUUGGACAAAGUUACUGGCCACACACUGAAGGAGGGGUCCUUACCCAAGAUCACACUUCCGAGCAGAGGUCGCGAGCCCCUGCAGGACAUAGAUUCUGACCAGGAGAGCGUGCGUACAUUGUAUUCAGAGACAAGGCGAGGUCGAACCAAAGUGAGGAGACACACCCUUCCCCCCAUCCUCCCAGAGCCUGAUGGAGACAGUAACCGUGUGUUUAAGAGCAGCCCACAUGCCAGACAUAUGAAGAACACUUUGGUCUUGACCCCUCCUCCCAUUCACAUUAACGGCCCAGCCAGCCGAGAGCUCUUACCCCUGGCUCUGGAGAGUGCUGUGACGUACAGGGUCCUGAGUCAUAGCCUCAGCAGUCACCUGGACUCAUCUCCAGAGAGCAGUGAGACUGGAGCUGACGCCCCUCUCACACCCAAAGAGAGACAGCAGCUCCUUCGCGGAGUCCGGAGCAUCGCCGUGAAAGCCGCGUGUCGCCGUUCUAAAGCCCAGGAGGUUGAUGCUCUUCGGCUUGCGCCCCCUCCCUCUCCUCUGGACCCAAAAAACCAGAAGAGCAGUCUGUCUCUUAGCGAGGCCCCCCCCAGAAGGUCGAAGAUGCACCAGGGCAGGCAGCCGAGCCCAGAGCUACGGCACGCCACCUCUGAUGACAACCUGUCCAGCAGUACAGGAGAAGGCCCUGCCCCCAACUCCACCUGGACACGCCCACGCAACCGUCAGCCAGUCCCCAAGAACUCCACCCCCAGAGAACAGGACUUUGAGGCUCGCCGACGUAAAAGGAGGUCCCGGUCAUUUGAGGUGACAGGACAAGUGCUGUCCCAGUCAAAGACCACGGCUCAGCGGUUUCGCCCUCUGGACAGCACCUCAGACCUCCACCUCCACAUUAACGGCCAACCUCAGGCCCCUUUGAUCAGGCCUCAGCACAGGGCUGGUCCCCAGCUGACCAAAGUGCGGGCGUACCCCACCAUCUAUCACACAGGAUCAACAGGAGACGGCUCUUCCAGCAACCUCCCGCUCCAUCUGAGCAAUCUGAAACGCGUACCUCAGCUCAAGCAGGCCCAGCCCCAGCCCCUGCUUUACAUCACCACCACAGGAGCCGGGGGCCAACGGACCCGAAAACACUGA